UGGAUUUACCAAAGGGAAAUGUUGUCUGAAUAAUCCGUGGAUCUGUGACCCGGGGGAUCCAGUGGGUGUGGGAUGGGCUCUGGAAGGCUUUCGGUCAGGUCCCACGCAGGAAGCUGCUGAGGAAGGUCGGAGCAUUUGAAGUCGGGGUUGGGACGGGGAGUAAGACUGGGAAUAAUCGGCUCCUUCCUGGUGCCAGGCAACGCUUCAGGUCAUCCGUCUGUCAGCGGUUCCUCUCCCCCCAGACGCUGCCCGACCUGCCGGCUGUUUCCAGAAUGUUCUGCCUGUGGCAGUGGGAGGGUUUGUCCGCCUGUUGUGUCUGGGACCGACCUGUGUCACCGGGCCGCCCCGCCGGGAGUGGCUGGGCUUGAGGGCGGCUCUCCGGCGCCAGGUGUGUCCGGAGCCGCCUCCGGCUGCGGGGAGAGGGAGACCGCCCGCCUGCGGCAACCGGUGGCCUGACACCAUGUCAGGGACCGGCCGGCGGCCGCUCGCCGUCGCCCCGCUGCCGGCACUCGCUCUCCUCACCCUGGUCGCCACCCCUGAGGAGGUCCCUGCGAGUCCCCGGUGCUGAGACCCCGGGAGCCCGUUGUCGGCACUGAGGGUGGUCGGUGCGGGGUCGCUUCCGAUGCGCUGUUCGAAGACACGGUGCAGAAGUGGUGGCGGUAUCGCAAUGAGUGCUUGGAGAACGUGUUGUACCAGGACGAUCGGUUAACAGGUGUUUUCUGCCGCCGCUCCUUCGACAUGCACGUUUGCUGGCCCGACGGUUUACCUGGGACCUGGGUGAAUGUUUCCUGCCCUUGGUACAUCCCAUGGAUUGACAGAGUGGGUAACGGCUCCGCCUUCAGAUACUGCACACAGACCGGCUCCUGGCUGAUGGACAAUGUGACCAACCAGCCCUGGGUUGACCACUCUGCAUGUGACGAAGAUGAUGCAUUUCUACGGCAACAGGUGCUGAAGCGCCGGGUCCUGAGCUCCUUCCGCUGGGUCUACACGGCCGGUUACUCCCUGAGCCUCCUCUCCCUCCUCGGUGCCAGUCUCAUCCUCAUCUCCUUCAGGAAGCUGCACUGCACCAGGAACUACAUCCAUCUGAACCUGUUCGCCGCCUUCACCCUGCGGGCCGCCGCCGUCCUGCUCAAAGAUUCCUUCACCGACCGUCUGCAGUCGGACCCUCCGGAGCCGCGGGUCGGGGGGUCGCUCACGCACGUGCUAGCGUGUCGCGCUGCCCAGGUGUUCCUCCACUACAGUGUGGCCUGCACCUAUCACUGGUUGCUGGUCGAGGGCCUCUUCCUCUACGUCCUGCUCGUGGUGUCCGUCUUCUCGGAGCAGAAGAGUUUCCGGGCCUACCUGCUGAUCGGCUGGGGUGUGCCGCUGCUGUUCAUCUCGCCCUGGAUCACUGUCAAAUAUUUACUGGAAAAUUCGGGGUGCUGGAGGCAGAACAAGAACAUGUCCUUCUGGUGGAUUGUCCGGUCACCGCUGUUACUCAUCAUCACUAUCAAUUUUGUGAUCUUCACCCGGAUAAUGAUUCUACUCAUCUCCAAGAUGAGGUCCCAUCAGGCGCACGACGCGGCCUGGAGAAAUCGUCUAACCAAAUCAACACUAAUUCUAAUCCCUCUGUUGGGUGUCCAUGAAAUUCUGUUUGCUUUUGUCACGGACGAGAAUGCUGAAGGAACACUGCGGUACAUCAAGCUGUUCGUGGAGCUCUUCUUUGGUUCCAUUCAGGGUAUGUUGGUGGCUGUCCUGUAUUGUUUUAUUAACGGAGAGGUCCAACAUGAAUUGAGGAAGAAGCUGCAGCGGUGGAGAACGAAGAAGAACUUGAGAAAGUCUCAUCACCGAAACGGCAGCGGCCAGAGGGAGAAGGUGGACAGCACUGAACAGGAUGUGGAGAUGGGCACCAGAGACGACCUUGAAUCUCCCAAUACCGAUGAAGGUCUCCUCAAUACCCUAAGUUCCCACCAGGGCUUAAAUUCAGAGAUAAUGGAGCUCCCACAUCAGGCCCCCGAGCUCAUACUCAAUCCCAGUACCUAGGAAUGGUGAUGGGCACUGGGACUGCACACUCUGCACCAACACUUUAAAGGUAAAACCACUGAGUGUGACAUCCUUCCCUGAGCAGGACAGAGCAAGUGGGCAAGGGAGGAACAGUGAAAGAGAGUAAAGCCAGACUUUGUUCCUUUACAGAUGUGUCUCUUGCAGCACUGCUGAUGAGUUUGGAAUGGCCCUGGCCCAGGAGUACUAUUGGAAGUCCUUUGGUAUUUAUCAUGUGGGCCAUCAGCAUUAGUAACUGGGGGAGAAUGAACUAUCAGCCAACAUUAACUAUAUCACAGGCUCCAUCAGACAUUCUGUCAGUACACAGGGUCAAACCAUGAGAAGAUUCUGCAGGAAUGCAAGAUAUAAUAUGCAGCACUCUGAAGAAUGCCACGGAAGCUCAGAGUAGAUACCACACUGUGGAGAGUUACCCGACACGACGCUUUCAGUUGCUGGAAGCUCACUUCCAGCAUGUAGUGAAAAGUAUAAGAUACAUUCAUCACUAUCCAUACAGGGAGGUUAAACACAGACAUGAAAUUAUUUAGCUUUAUGAAAAGUCAAAAAAAUUUUUCACAAGGGAAGGCUUUUUAACCACAUCAGUGUACAGGUUGUGGUAAAAAUGAGGUUACAUAUCUGAAUAUUAAAUAUUAAUAAAAUGUGUUAAAUAAUG